AUGUUUCAACUCGUAGCCAAGAGACGUUUACAUGGCAACUGUUUACCUGGAAGGCUGGAGAGCAGCACCGGCGAUACCAAAAUGGUAGCCGGUGCUAUCUGCACACGAUUCAAAGGGGUGUUGCGAAUCGAUGUUACGGAAAAUAUACCAAAAUUUUACCCAUACGGGUAUCAUGAACCCAGCGAAGUUAAGGAAAUAUUGCUUUCGCUAAAAUUGGGGAAACUGGAAUCGCCUAAAUAUAGCUUCCAGUUUGAAUGUGUCGUAUUACGACAUCCGGCCUUCUUCGAAUUUUGCAGCUCGAACAAACGCAUCGGAGCAGCAGACCUAUGCAAACAUGUAUAUAGGUUCUGGAAUAUGGAUAACUACAAACUAGUAUUUGAAAUCAAGGAACAGGGAUAUCAAGAGAUACGUGUAUCUGACGGAGUAGUAGUGAUGCUCGGCCAGCCUCAGAAUAACUUCAUUCCAUUGAGCCUGUAUGACAUUGAAGAUGGCAAACUACUGGCAACACGACAAUUGGAAAUUGUCCAACACAGAGAACUCCAGUUCCUCGAGCUCUUGGUUACACAACUCUUGAUCAAACAACAAGGCGGACCAAUAAGAGCAUAUGAUAUUUUGCGUGGUGAUGGGUUCACUGUAGCUGAUACCGUCAACUUCCAACCUAGUGGUUUCGUUUUCUAUGAUAUUGCGACAGAAACAAUAUGCCGUGAGUCUUCUAUGCCGCGAAGGAACAAACUAUCAUAUCGACCAAGGAAGUUUUUUACAAUAUCGAGAAUGUGCAUCGAAUUCUGGGAACUCACAAGAUGCCAUAUGAUACGCACGAGACAGCUAAUUCUACAUGGAAUGGACAAUCCGGACUUAUGUUGUCAUUCCAUAUGGGCUAACUUACUGUUCGUCCGUGCGUACCAGAAACAAUCUUUUACCGAGGAACCAGGAGAAUUACCACUGAUCUUGAGGAAAUAUAAACCGUGUCUUUACUUCCAGCGACCAAUGCUUGUUAAAAAUAACGAUCGCAUACAUACGCCGACAAAGGAAGGACCGACCCAAUCAGAAGUGGAUAUCUUUAAACUAAACUCUGAUCCCGAUACGCAUCAUGUUAUAUUGCUAUUUUCACUCGACGGGUCACGUUACUAUGGGAAGAUGGACCGAGAAGUAUGCGGUAAACGGUUAAAAACGUUGACCAUAUCUAACGAUCUAUCGGCAAUCGCUUGUGGCAAUGACAGUGGAAUAGUUCGAAUUGUGCGUAUGCCCAACACAUUGAAAAAUACCUGA